AUGACAGCCCAACGUACCACCCCUCCCUUUCGCGCAGAGCAUUUGGGCUCUUUCAAGCGACCUGAGGCGGUCAUCACCAAAAGGAAGGAGUAUGAGCAAGGGAAGUGUUCGUCUGCAGAGCUGGCAAUGUGCGAGGACGAGGCGAUCGCAGAGGUUGUUAAGCUGCAGAAGGACAUGGGAUUACGCACUAUCACGGAUGGCGAGUUCCGCAGGAAAUUUUUCUGGGAAGGAAUGCUCAACAAAGCGGACGGCAUGACUUUCGUCCCCCAGAACCCUCCAGAAAAGUUCUCGCAAAUGGCACCAGCGAGAUAUAUCAAGACGCAGCCGGCAGACACCUGGAUUUGCACGGAGAAGCUUAGGCGCACCAAAGCUCUUCUUGGCCUUGAGUUUGAGUAUCUCAAGACUCUUGUCGGCCGGGAUGAAGUUGCGAACAUCAAGAUGACUAUUAGCCCGCCAUCUUACUUCCAAUGGUCAUUAGGAGACAAAAAGUAUAUUGAAGGCGUUUACGAGCAUGACGGUGAAUACUGGCAGGAUGUCAUCGAAAUAUACCGCCAGGAGAUAGCGGACCUUUACGAGAGGGGCUGCAGGGUCAUCCAGAUCGACGAUCCGUAUUUGACUUUCUUUGCCGACCCCAGCUUCCAGGAGCGAAUGGCUGCUGCGAAUAUCUCCACAGAGGAUCAACUCAGCAAGAUGAUCCAAGUUCUCAAUCGAUGUCUUGAAGGUCGAAAGGAAGACAUGUGCGUUGGAAUUCACCUGUGCAGAGGGAAUGCAACGGAUGGAACAUACUAUGCGACAGGAUCCUAUGAAACUUUAGCAGCGAGACUGUUCAAAGAGUUGAACGUAGACGUAUUCUACCUAGAGUUCGACAACGAGCGCUCUGGUGAUUUUCAGCCGCUCCGACACUUCCCUCCAAACAAGUUGCUCGUGCUUGGCGUGAUCAGCACGAAAGUCGCUAAGCUCGAACGACCAGAUGACCUAAAACGCAGGAUAUACGAAGCUGCAGACAUCAUGGCUGAGAGCACUGGCCAAACGCGCGAGCAAGCGUUGGAUAGGAUCUGCAUCAGUCCGCAAUGUGGAUUUGCGUCUGUGAUGCUUGGAAACCGGUUUGUCUCUCAAGAGGAUUUGCGAAAGAAGGUCAACCUGUUGACGACAGUUGCGGACGAUAUCUGGAAAUAA